AUGGCAUCAUGGUCACUGAAAAUCGCUGAAAUCCCGCAGCACAGCAGCCCCGAUUCACACUCAUCAUUGUCCCGUCAUCCUCAGGUGCGGGUGGCCAUGGCUGUCCCUGUCCCUGUCCCUGUGCUGUCUUCUUGGGGACACUCAGGGGACGUUGGGCAGAACUCCAGGCCCAACAUCGUGGUGCUGAUGGCCGAUGACCUCGGGGUGGGCGACCUGUGCUGCUAUGGAAACAAGAGCGUCAGCACCCCUAAUAUCGACCGUCUGGCCCACGAGGGCGUCCUGCUCACCCAGCACCUAUCGGCCGCCUCCAUGUGCACCCCGAGCCGGGCCGCCUUCCUCACGGGGCGCUACCCCAUCCGAUCCGGGAUGGCUUCAGCCAACAACAUGUACCGAAGUCUCACCUGGCUCGCGAGCUCAGGGGGUCUCCCCCCGAACGAGACGACCUUCGCUACCUUGCUGCAGCACCGGGGGUACCGCACCGGCCUCAUCG